GUCACCAUUUCAGUUUCCCCCGUCGGACGUAUUUGCGGACGGAACCGGAAGCAUCGCCGAUCACAACUUCCUCACAUGUGUCCAUGCUAGAACGAUCAUCUGUAUUACAUUCCAGUGCGAAGGUGAUCAUAUAUGUGUGUGAAUUCGUGACGCCUCCGUGUAAACCAUGGCGGAAAUCGUUCAGCAGCGAAUUGAGGAGAGGAUCCCGGAGCUCGAGCAGCUGGAAAGAGUGGGACUGUUCACCAAGAAAGAAGUCAAAUCCAUAAUAAAGAGAGCUACAGCCCUGGAAUACAAGCUGCACAGGGUGAUUAUAAACAAAGAGGACUUCAUUGCAUACAUUCAGUAUGAAAUCAACGUUUUAGAGCUGGUCAAGAAAAGAUGAGCGCACAUACACUAUCAGUUCAAACGAGAGGAAAUCGAGUUCCCCAUCAUCCAUAGAAUAAACAGUAUUUUCAGGAGGGCGACGUAUAAGUGGAAGGAUGAUGUGCAGCUUUGGCUUUCACAUGUUGCCUUCUGCAGAAAAUGGGCCACCAAAACCCAACUAAGCAAGGUGUUUUCUACGAUGCUUGCCAUUCACUCUGAUAAACCAGCCCUGUGGAUUAUGGCAGCUAAGAGUGAAUUGGAGGAUCGGGAUUCUUCUGAAAGUGCCCGCCACCUGUUUUUAAGGGCGCUGCGAUUCCACCCAAACAACCAGAAAGUCUACCAGGAGUAUUUUCGUAUGGAGCUGCUCCAUUGUGAGAAAUUGAGGAAGCAAAAGGAAGAGCUGGAGAAGGCAGAGGUGGAUUUGGGUGAAUAUGAAUUCUCUCCAGAGAUUCUUAGUGGCAAACUGGCUGAGGUCGUGUACAAAAAUGCAACAGAAAACAUCAAAGAGGCAGCGUUUGUCAUCUCUCUGUUAACCAUUGCUGCCAUCUUCGACUUCACCAAAGAUCUUCAGUCAUCCAUUCUGCAGGAGUACGUUUCNNNNUACACAGAAGAAGCUCUGACGUGGGAUUUUAUGGCCAGAAGGGAGCUGGAGGCUCCCAGUGCUGGGGAGGAACUGCAGACGGCCAAAGGCCGAGCCUCGGAUAUGAUCCGAACAGAGGAGCGAUGUUCCCAGGUCUAUGAGGAGGGCAUCAAAAGCCUUAACAGUGAACCCAUGUGGACCUGCUACGUGGUGUUCUGUUUGGAAAGGCUGAAAAGAAAGACAAAUGUCGAGGAACUAAAGGAAAAGAGGAAGGCCAGGCUGUUGGCAGUGCUGCAGCGUGCUCAUGACUCCACACUGUUGAAAGAAGAUUAUUAUAAGAACUGGCUUCAGAUCCUGCUCUCAUCUGGAGACGCUGAGGGAGCAGAGAGGGUUGCCAUGGCGGCCAUGCAACGCUUCAGUCAGUCAGUGUCGGUGUGGAACCUCAGUCUGCAGACACUAAUGGAGCUGGGCAGUGAUAACGUUGGCAGUCUACUCCAGGAGGCACUGAAACAUAUAAAUCCCAAGGAGAGUCUGACACUCUGGAAGCUACAGAUCCAGUGGAGCACAGCCAACCAGAGUCCUGCACAAACAGAGGCUGUCUUCAAGGCUGCUCUGCGGUGUGGUGUUCCAGCUGUUUCCAUGGAGAUAAAGGAUUGCUACCUGAGUUGGUCCUAUACCACAGGAGGCUAUAAGAAAGCCAGGAAGAUCUUUACUAGCUUACAGGAAAUCCGCCCUCUGUCCAAGGCCUUUUUCAUCAAGAUGAUUCAAAUAGAGAAGGACCAAGAAACACCCAGGAUGAACUAUCUGAGGGAUUACUAUGAAAGGGCUUUGCAGGAGUUCGGCACAACAGAUGAAAAUUUGUGGCUGCAGUACAUCCAGGAGGAGCUGGGACCAGGUGGUCAGCCCGAGAACUCUGGCAAAAUCCACUGGCGAGCCAUGAAGUUUCUAGAAGGUGAAAGCGUGGAGAGAUUCACCUCCAAAUACACUCUGCUGCAGACCGGACACUUAUGAGUGUUUCCCUGUUCUGUGUUGUCUUGUCGGCUCGGGAUUUUUCUCUUUAUCUUUCACGUUUCCUGUUAUCAAUUCAUUAAAAAAAGAAAUGUGACACGUUCAACUGUUUAGACACAGAUUUGUAGUGGUUGUUUAUAACUUUGACCCACUGAGGGAGGAAAGUCCAGGGAUACAGUUAAAUGCUAAAGUUUGACAUAUUUUGACAUUAUAAAAAAUUAAAAUUAUUAUAGAAAAA